ACCGUCCAUUGGUUGGAACAGGCGCUGGGUGCGUUUCGUCUCGCGGCCGCGUACGCCGUAGCUUCCUGAACCACAGCGGAUACUGGAGAAUAAAAAUGCUGGUCCUGGUGCUUGGAGACCUUCACAUCCCUCACCGGUGCAACACACUGCCGGCCAAGUUCAAGAAGCUGCUGGUUCCGGGUAAGAUCCAGCACAUCCUCUGCACAGGCAAUCUGUGCACCAAGGAGAGCUAUGACUACCUGAAGACGCUGGCAGGGGAUGUGCACAUUGUUCGAGGUGACUUUGAUGAGAACCUUAACUACCCAGAGCAGAAAGUGGUCACAGUGGGCCAGUUCAAGAUUGGCUUGAUCCACGGGCACCAGGUUAUCCCAUGGGGGGAUGUGGCCAGUCUUGCCCUCCUCCAGAGGCAGCUGGAUGUGGACAUCCUCAUCUCUGGACACACACACAAAUUUGAGGCUUUUGAAAACGAGAACAAGUUCUACAUCAAUCCCGGCUCUGCAACUGGGGCAUACAGCGCACUUGAGAGCAACAUCAUUCCAUCCUUUGUUCUCAUGGACAUCCAAGCCUCUACAGUGGUCACAUAUGUCUACCAGCUCAUUGGAGAUGAUGUCAAGGUGGAGAGGAUUGAAUACAAGAAGUCUUAAAAAAAAAAAAAAAAAU